CCAAGAGUAUUCAAUUAGAGAGUAUUCAACCCAAGAGUAUUCAAUUAGAGAGUAUCCAAUGCAAAAGUAUUCAAUUAGAGAGUAUUCAACCCAAGAAUAUUCAAUUAGAGAGUAUCCAAACCAAAAUUAUUCAAUUAGAGAGUAUUCAACCCAAGGGUAUUCAAUUAGAGAGUAUUCAACCCAAGAAUAUUCAAUUAGAGAGUAUUCAACCCAAGAAUAUUCAAUUAGAGAGUAUUCAACCCAAGAGUAUUCAAUUAGACUGUUAGAGAGUAUUCAACCCAAGAAUAUUCAAUUAGAGAGUAUUCAACCCAAGAGUAUUCAAUUAGAGAGUAUUCAACCCAAGAGUAUUCAAUUAGAGAGUAUCCAAUGCAAAAGUAUUCAAUUAGAGAGUAUUCAACCCAAGAGUAUUCAAUUAGAGAGUAUUCAACCCAAGAGUAUUCAAUUAGAGAGUAUUCAACCCAAGAGCAUUCAAUUAGAGAGUGUUCAACCCAAGAAUAUUCAAUUAGAGAGUAUCCAAACCAAAAGUAUUCAAUUAGAGAGUAUUCAACCCAAGGGUAUUCAAUUAGAGAGUAUUCAACCCAAGAGUAUUCAAUUAGAGAGUAUUCAACCCAAGAGUAUUCAAUUAGAGAGUAUUCAACCCAAGAGUAUUCAAUUAGAGAGUAUUCAACCCAAGAGUAUUCAAUUAGAGAGUAUUCAACCCAAGAGCAUUCAAUUAGAGAGUAUUCAACCCAAGAGUAUUCAAUUAGAGAGUAUUCAACCCAAGAAUAUUCAAUUAUAGAGUAUUCAAUCCAAGAAUAUUCAAUUAUAGAGUAUUCAAUCCAAGAGUAUUCAAUUAGAGAGUAUUCAACCCAAGAAUAUUCAAUUAGAGAGUAUUCAACCCAAGAAUAUUCAAUUAGAGAGUAUUCAACCCAAGAGUAUUCAAUUAGAGAGUAUUCAACCCAAGAGCAUUCAAUUAGAGAGUAUUCAACCCAAGAGUAUUCAAUUAGAGAGUAUUAAACCUAAGAAUGUUCAAUUAGAGAGUAUUCAACCCAAGAGUAUUCAAUUAGAGAGUAUUCAACCCAAGAGUAUUCAAUUAGAGAGUAUUCAACCCAAGAAAAUUCAAUUAGAGAGUAAUUGAUUCAGCAGUUACAUUAUGUAAUUGAGUUAUAAUGCUAGUUACCAAAUGGCUGAAACACAGAUAAACAUUAGUACUUUAGAAACAUACUAAGAUCAGUGUUUUCCAAAAAUUGCUAACAGGCUAAUGUUGUUCUUAUAUAGAUCUCUCCAGAAAAAUAAUCCAGAUUUAAAUGUCAGUUUUGAAGUAUUUUAAGUUUUGACGUAUUCCAAUUUAUCAUCAACUGUUAAUGAGUAUUACAUGUAUGUUUUCUACCCCAAAAGUUUUGGAAAUAUAUAUGUAUUCCAGUUUUUAUCCAUUCUUCACCUUAAGGCUGUGGUGUUUUUAGACAUGUUUGUUUACUUGACAUAGUUACAUGUAUUCUUAUCUAACGCCAAUAUAAAUUUCCCAGGGUUCACUAUGCUUAUUCGACAAUAAUCCGUCCUGCCUCGUUCUGAUCAAGAACACUGCGGAAAAGUUCAAUGCUAACUUGCCCCCGAGGGUCAAAUGAUGCGGCUUGGUCAUAUAUUUUAUCAAAGUC